GAUCCAUUACGGUACUCCACAGCUAAUGCAGUGGAGCUGGGGUUGGGGGGGCUUGAUGGAUACUGAGAUGAAGAGGAGGAAGAGGACAAUGGAAGCACAGACUGUUGAAAAUCCCCCAGCCUAAUUUUCACUGGAGACAAGCAAAACAAGCAUCUUUUGAAUCAUGAUAAAAAAGAGCUGGGAGCUGCGGAUGGGAGACAGGGAACACCUCCUGGAUACGGACACUGGAGGAGAAACACACACCAUAGACGUCUACGGCAGUCUGCAGAAUGGGGGCUUUUUCCCACCUGCAUGUUUUUCAGAGGAUGAUCUCCGCUGCGAAGAUCCAAUUCACAUGUGCUGUAUGGCAACAGAUAACCAAACAGCUUUAAAGAAGGGAAACUACUUCAAAGAUGGAAGAACCAAAAUUGAUUUUGUGCUGGUGUGGGAGAUCCGAUCACGCCGCAAGCAGCGAGGGAAGGGGAAAAGCAACAGGACUGGUGAGGAGAGGGAGUCUGCACAACUGGCAGAGUGGAGGGACAGGUUUGUCCAUAAUCUGCAGAGUGUCGGGCUGCUGUUGGAAAAGGAGGAAACAGCCAAUGAAAAGAAAACCAUCCAUUUUCUUAAGGUCAGCGCCCCCUGGGAUGUGUUGGUGUAUUAUGCAGAGGAACUCUGCCUCCGAGCUCCACUGCAGGCCCAGCAACAUCUGGACCUCAACACAUCUUCUGUGGUUCUAAAAAAACUGUCUACACCCAACAUAAUGAUGGAAUCAGUGCCAAACAGGCCUCUGGACUAUUACACCUGCGCCUUCCGCAAGUCAAAGAUGAACAGGUUCCUCGGCUCUGAAGACCAAGAGAGCUACUUUACUAAUACUCAGAGACACCAGAUCGUUUAUGAGAUCCUAGCUCGGACUGUGUACGGCAAAAGGAAGAGGACAGAGGUGGGGGUGGACAGACUAGUAAACGAAGGGGCCUACUCAGCAGCUUAUCCUCUGCAUGAGGGUCCUUUCAAGCUUCCGGGCUAUGAGACACAUCCUGAAGAGCUGAAUCAGAGGCAGGUCCUGCACUACUACUGGGCUCGCUGGUGCAAAUGGUACAAGUAUCAACCACUGGAUCACAUUAGGGAGUACUUUGGAGAGAAGAUUGCCCUCUACUUCGCUUGGCUUGGUUUCUACACAGCCUGGCUGCUGCCAGCAGCCAUAGUGGGAACACUGGUUUUUGUGUCAGGAAUCAUGCACAUGGACACCAACACCCCAGCGGAGGACAUCUGUACCAGUGGUGCAAAGUAUCCAAUGUGUCCGCUCUGCAAAACAUGUGAGGCCUGGAACAUGUCUGAUAUCUGCACCAUGGCCAAGUUGGGGUACCUGUUUGACCACCCUGGUACCGUCUUCUUCAGUGUAUUCAUGUCCUUCUGGGCUGUGACCUUCCUGGAGUUCUGGAAGAGAAAGAUGGCCACUCUGGCUCAUCACUGGGACUGCAUGGACUUCCAUGAGGAAGAGGAGCGUCCUCGACCUGAGUUUGCUGCCACGGCGCCGACGGUGGAAGAAAAUCCAGUGACUGGAGUCAAAGAGCCAUACUUUCCAGAGAAGACGAGGCUGUCUCGCAUGUUCACCGGCUCCAUGAUCAUCAUACUGAUGCUAUGUGUUGUUAUAAUCUUCCUGGUGACGGUGGUCAUGUGUCGAGGGGUCAUCAGCGUGAUGAUGUACCAAAGCGGGAGCCCUGUGCUGCGUACUGAGGCUGGGACUAUAGCGAACAUCUGCAGCAGCAUUGUCAACCUGGGCUUCAUUCUGUUCAUGGGGCAGAUUUAUACAGCCUUAGCCGAGCAGCUCACUAAAUGGGAAAUGCACAGAACACAAACCCAGCAUGACAACGCUUUCACGCUCAAAGUCUUCAUCUUCCAGUUCGUCAACUUCUACUCGUCUCCCUUCUACGUUGCUUUCUUUAAGGGAAGGUUUGUAGGCUACCCCACAAACUAUGGAACCUUAUUUGGGAUGAGAAACGAAGACUGUGGUCCUGGUGGGUGCCUCAUUGAGCUGGCUGAACAGCUCUUUAUCAUAAUGGUGGGAAAGCAGCUCAUCAACAACAUUCAGGAGUUCAUUAUACCAAAAGUAAAAGCCUGGCGGCAGAAGAGAACCUUGGCCAGCGUGUUGGGAGAUAAUGAGACAGGCGAGGCGAGGCGCUGGGAGGAAGACUACAAGCUGGUACCUUGUGGAGGCCUGUUUGAGGAAUACCUGGAAAUGGUCCUCCAGUUUGGGUUCAUCACAAUCUUUGUGGCAGCCUUCCCCCUUGCACCGCUCUUCGCCCUCCUCAACAACUGGGUGGAGAUCCGCCUGGAUGCCCAUAAGUUUGUGUGUGAAUACCGCCGACCGGUGGCAGAGAGAGCCCAGAACAUUGGAGUUUGGUUCAACAUUUUGGAAGCCUUGUCCCAUCUUUCUGUCAUUGCCAACGCUUUUCUUAUCGCCUUCACUUCAGACUUUCUGCCUCGCUUGCUCUACCAGUAUAAGUUCAGUGACGAUCUGAAUGGAUAUGUUAACUUCACCUUGGCUUAUGCACCACUCAACUACACUGACUACCCGAGGUGCAGAUACAAAGCAUUUAGAGAUGACAAUGGAGCUUAUACACUCUUCUACUGGGAGCUUCUUGCCGUCCGACUUGGCUUCAUCAUUGCAUUCGAGCAUGUUGUGUUUUUUGUCCUGCGAGCCAUUGACUGGAUUGUUCCUGAUGUCCCUGAAUCUUUGGAGCUGAAGAUUAAGAGGGAGCGUUACCUCGCCAAGCAAGCCCUGGCUGAGAACCAAGAAGCACUGUUGCAAGCGACUCGUUCCUUGGAUUCCUGAGUCAGGACUGAAAAGGAAUGCUACGAAGGAAUUUUCGAGAAGAAACUUCUUUACAUCUGAAACUGUCUUUUUUUUAUUAUUAUUGUUUAAAAGUCAAAUGCCAAGCAAAUGAGAUGAUCCUCUAUUUUAUAGAUAUUGCUCCACACAUACUGAGAAAAAGAAAACUAAAGUCAUUUUAGCUUCCCAGCUUUUUCACCAGGAUUUUUAUCUUUAGUUAGCAGAUGUUUGAUCUAUAUAAAUAAUAAGUACCUUCAAGGCAUUUAUUCAAGCAUGAGGAAAAAAACAACAAUCUGAAUCUCUGUUUGAGGAUUAGCUUGUUAAUGACAACCAGCAGCUGCAGCAUGUAUAUCAAUGAGAGGUGUGUAGUGCCUGGAAAAGUAGUUGCACCCAAACACCUCCAUGUUUUUAAGUGAGAUUUUAUUAGAGAACACACAGUAGUGUGUAGCUGUGAAAGGGAAAUUGAAUGGUUUUAAAAGUAAAAAAAAAACAAACUGAAAAGUGUGGCCUGCAUUUUUAUUCAGCUCCCUUUACUCCAACAUUUACGGUAUUUCCCGAACUAUAGAGCACAC